GAAGUGAUUUCAGACAAGGUUUACUCCUCUCUUGGCUGAUCUUUCCUCUAAGAUGAAGUUCUACAUCUGCCUGACCUUGAUGAUGCUGGAUGUCGCUGCAGGCCUGCAGUGUACUCUGGUUCCUGGAAAACUGAAGCAGAUAGAUGCUGGAGCCGGACAAAUUUAUGGGGUCAAUGGUGCCGAUGACAUAUUCCGUUUGAAUGGUAAUAGUUGGGUACAGGUUCCAGGAAAACUGAUACAUGUCAGUGUGGGUCCAUCUGGUGUUUGGGGUGCAAACAGAGAAAAUGAAAUCUUCAAGAUUCAAGAUGGCACCUGGGUGCAGGUAGCAGGAGCCCUUAAACAGGUGGACGCAGGGGGUAAUGUAUUCCUAGGAGGUGUGAACAACGCUGAUUACAUUUAUUGCCUAAGCCAGGAUCUCACUCUUUCCAAGGGGACAUCUCUCCCUUUCAUACAACUUGAUGGAAGAUUGAAGUAUUAUAGCUGUGGUCGUUAUAGUUGCUGGGGAGUGAACGGCAACAAUGAUAUAUUUUAUCGUCUGAACGUGAGUCCAAAUGAUUGCAAAGGCAGUGAAUGGAGACAGGUGGAUGGGAACAUGAUUAUGGUGGAAGUUGCCACAGAUGGAUCAGUGUAUGGAAUCAACACCAUUGGCAACGUUUGCAAAAGAGUCGGAAUUUCUUUUUCAAACCCAGGUGGGACUGGGUGGUCUCUGUUGAAUGUAUAUGGUUCCUUUAGGCAUGUCUCAUAUGAUAACGGAUUGCUAUGGCUUCUUAAUGCAGAGGAAAAUAUCUUCAAAUGUGACAUCAACGAUUAUGCAGAAGCAUCAAUUUACACAACACCUUUCUACUACUAUCACUGAAUCUGUAAUCCUCUACUGUUUACUAGAGAUAACAAGCAAAGUAAAUCCUCUGUGAGUCGCUCUUCGUUGUGAACUUUUAGUAGCAGUGAUGAGAUAUGUGCCUGCUUUGGUGUGUGCGGGUUCUCAAAUAAAACUAUUGUAAAACUUUUAUAA